AUGCUGCCUUCGGACCACGAGCCCUUGAACUUUUCUCCCCGAACCAUUGCCCGGCUUGAAGAGGAGGAUGAGAACACCGACUGGCAGAGAACACUGAGGCCGGUUGCCCCCGACAGCCGAAGCGUUGCCCAUUCCCGCGAAUCGUCUCUCGAAAAACUACAGUGGUCUGCUAGCAGUACUGUUCGCGCCCAUGCGCCCCAGCGCCUAGUCGACUCCAAGCCCUCCUCGUACGGCCAUCACAGACAGACGUCCAUUGUCCACGGCAUUGGCAUCCAGCAUUCGAGAAAUGGGAGUCUUGCGAGCAACCACUCGAGCCCUCUCAGUCCCCAAAUGAUUGCCGCCGCCGGCGCAGGCAUUCCCCCCGAUCGAGCGGAUCUACAUGGCUUCUCGCGCAAGGACAACGACGGCUCUUCCAUAGGCUCAAGGCCUCAGACGGCCCUUUCCGGAACAACGGCGGCAUCCGUGCCCGUGAUCCCCGAACGAACUUCGUCUGCUGCUGCUAUGAAUGAUCCCGUUGGAGGACAAGCGGGAACGCACAGAAAGCCGGAAAGGAUGGCCAGCGGGAGGUCUCGACGGGACCACCCCCAUCACCAUUCCCAUUCGUCUCGGCACAAGGAUGACCCGAAGACGGUCGGUGAUUACGCGCUGCAUGUGCUCUUUACGUCCUUCAUUGCCCAAGCGGAAGAGAAGUUGACCGAGAUCACAAGCAUUCCACUCCACGAGCCGGAACCACAUGUCGAACAAAUAUGUGGGCCUGGUAUAGACGCUGCCUUCGACCAGAAGAGCAAAAGUGACGCUGCCAAUGAGGCCCGCGAUGCCCGCGCGCAACUUCACAAUGCGCGGAGUCAUCUGCCCGGCGGUGCUUUACAAAGGAGGAACACCGAGCCCGUUCAGGCCACUGGCCCUGGCAGUACUGGCCAGCCCGAGGUCCAGCAUGCCGGACAAGCCGAUAUUGCGCAAACCGUCGCUGUGGCUGAGCGCCGGUCAACUGUUUCCAUUUAUAUCCUUUGCCGUGUUCUCCUCGAGGUCUUUACUCAGAGCACACUCGCUUCUAUCACGCCGGAGAUGGAGGACAAGCUUGAGAAGAUUAUUUUCCAGCAGCUCAAAAGUACCGAGCCUGACUCGUUGUUAAUCUCACCGCUGAAACUUGCAAAUUGGAAUCUCUUUGCUCAACUGUUGGGUGCGAUGAGCGAAAUCAGCUUCACGAGUGUGGCCGACCGGUUUAUCAACGACCUGGAGCGCUCCAUGCAAGAGCUAGGCACCAAGAUCCCCACCGGUGGGCGAGAUGUCGAAAGCAGGAUAGAGCUGAUUCUCAUUGGAAUGAAGCACCUUCGGAUCAGGCUCUCACCUCCAGAUGCCUGGGAGCGCUCUUGUAACUUCCUCAUCUCCCUUGGCAAGCUCUUCAAUGUGUCCCAUGGCCAAAAGGUAAAGGCAGCCUUUUGCCAAGUGCUUGAAAUGCUUGUGCUUCCCAUUGCCGCCACAGCCAGCAGCAGUGACCUUGCCUAUCCGAGGUGGAAAGAAGUGGUCACAACCAUCACUCCCAAGCUGGCCCACAUGUUUAUGAGGCCGCGGCAUUGGACCUAUUCGUUUGCCCUCACAGCAACGAUGCUUUGCGCCGACGUGCCCGAAAACUUUGGUAGCCAGUGGAUGCAGUUGAUCUACCCGCUUAACAGCAAGCUUCAGGACCGCAUGACAAGACCGCUGUGUCUGCAGGCCAUAUCCAGGCUCUUGUGGACCUACCUUUACCGCACGAACGAUAGCGUCGCGAACUCUACGAGGAAGCUCGAUGAAGUCGUGAAAAUCGCCCUUCCCAAUACCAAGCGAGCAUUUAGCGCUGCAGACCUCGCUGUUACUGAGCCACUGGUCCAGAUCAUCAGGUUUAUAGGGUACAUGUACCCUGAAUACUGUUUUCGCAACAUCAUAUUUCCCUUGGUGAACGCCGACCAGUUCGCAUCCAACAAGGACCUCAAGAUCGAGUUUCUUGACCCCGAUAGGAUGGUGGUUGGCAUACACGCUUUUCUCGCGGUGAUGGCGGACUUGGAGAAGGGAGAGCAAGGGAAGCCGCCAUUUCCUCUGGAUUAUACCUAUUCCGCAUCCCUCAUGGAUCGAGUUUCCAUCUUUUCCGUGCUUGCAUCUCCGCACAGCAGCCUGGCCGCCACUCCGGCCCAGGGGGUCGAUGAAGCGAGGCUCUCAAAACCGGUACAAAUAUCAGUUCUAUCUGACACGGUCAAAGACUACUACAGCCGAUUUUGCGAAAUACUCGGGAAGAUCGCCAUCAUCUGCGAUAACACAUUUGGUGGACAAGCUGUGUUGGAUGAAAAGUUCAAGGAUGAAAAGUUCAACAGUCCUGGCCCCAAGACGCCCAUGACAGAUACUUUCAAAUUCUCGCGCCGAGAUGAUCAACAAAGCGCGUACGAGCAGAAACAGGCCUUCUACGAGCUAUUUCAUGUCGCGGUCGAGGCUUUACCACGAUGUUUGUCGGCUGACAUCCCAUUCAAUACGCUAAUCAACCUUCUGUGUACGGGAACCGCUCAUGUUCAGUCAAACAUUGCGCGUUCAUCUGCGCAGUCACUCAAGGCCAUUGCUCGGCAGUCUCAUGCCCAGCAAGUUACCAUGGGCUUUGCCCGGUUUAUCUUCAACUUCGACGACCGAUACUCUACCAUGUCCGAUGGUGGGAUGUUGGGCCCAGGACACAUCGAAAAGACACUCAUGCUCUACGUCGAGCUUCUUCACAUCUGGAUCGAUGAGAUCAGGCAAAAGACAAAAGAAGCCGAGGCAGAAAGCGACGAGCCUGGUGGCACUGACAAGCGAGGCAUCAAACUCGACCUCUCCGGCAUCUGGGCUGAGGUCGACCAAGUAGAAGCACAUGGUUUAUUCUUUCUCUGUUCGCAGUCACGGCGCGUGCGGUAUUACGCAGUCACAGUUCUUCGCCUGAUCACCGAAUUCGACGCAGCUUUGAGGAAGACCAGUAACCACGAAGAGGAAAAGACCACGAGACUCAUUGAUAUUCUGGAGAACGAUUCCAUGCAGGUCAUGAGUUUCAAAGAUGACCACCUCUCGGUAGCUGAACGUAGCAGACUGGAGCGAGGCAUGCAGAACUCAAACAGUCAAGGAGCCUUGCUUGAGCUCUGUACCAGUGAUGUGUCCUAUGAUACCACACUUUGGUUCAAAAUCUUUCCCAACUUCGUUCGGAUCGCUUAUGACAAGUGCCCAUUCACAGUCACAAUCGGCCGCGACCUUGUGUGCAACAGGAUUCUACAACUCUAUCAGGCCAUAGUCGUUAUUUCCGAGCCAUCCGGAAGGAUGUACUACGGAUCCGAUGGAAGCAACUCUCGGAUGGCCAGAACCCCGACCACGCAACCUGAGGUGCUUGUUGAGCAGUUCAAGCUGUAUCUCGUCUUUGCCUGCACAACUCUUGCAGACCCAGGCAGUGCUCAGUCGGCCUCGACACAAAAUGGUCAACACGGCCGAAAGGGCUCCAAAGCCUCUUCAACCGUUGACAAGAUUGUGACAGCGCGGACCUUGUUCAAGUAUCUAAAUCCCUUACUCGGGGCAUCACUCGGUUCCGUCAGAGAUGCUGCGGUUACUGCAAUGGGCUCGAUCAACAUUCACAUCUACCGCACCCUCCUUGAGGAACUAUCGGGGCAUGUAUCCCGAUGUAACGACGAAGCUCGGGCGCGAAUCCAACCACACCAGCGCACCAACAGCAACCCAAGGCGUAACCGGAAGAUGGAUCUGGUGCGAACUGAAAUCACCCACGUGUACAAGCUGACGGCCCAUUUCUUGAAACUGCCAGAGGUGUAUAACGAUGAGUGGAUUCUCAACAACCUUGUUACCUAUGCCAAAGACCUCAAGCUAUUCCUCAUGGACGUCGAAGUCCAGAUGGAUUGGGAGUUCCAGAGGCUAAGGCGGCAUUACUGUGGUCUCAUGGAGGAGCUUUUCGAAGGCAUCAAUCGGACGAAAGACCCGUCGCGCUGGAUGACGUUCGAGUCCCGCAAGUCAGCCUUCACACUCAUGGAAGACUGGUGUGGUUUCUCGCCCAACCAAGAGCAAAUCUCGCAAAGGGAGGCUACCAUGAGACAAUCUCUCAUCAAUGAGCAGGGUGCAGGCGAGCGUGGUAAGGUGAGCGCCGCUAUGGAGAUCGAGAAAAGAAAUCUGCGAACAGCUGCUCUUAGUGCCAUGGCAUCGCUCUGCGGAGGUCCAGUCCGUGUGCUUACCGAGAGUGGCUCGUUCCUCUACUUCGACGCGCGCCGUAUGCUAAACUGGAUUGAUGCGAUAUUCAAUGCGGAGAGCAACCGCAUCAACCUCAUAGGACGACGAGCUCUAAAGAACCUAAUCGUCCACAACCAGCAAUACCCCGCUCUGUUGGAUCAUUGCAUCCUGAAGUGCUACACGACUGAGGCUCCCAAGGUGUUGGCCAGUUACUUUACGGUUGUGGUAGAAGUGCUUUCGGAGCACGUCAACUAUCCCUGUUCAUUCUGGAAGCUCCUCGGUCUCUGCUUAUUCACCUUGGGUAACGAUCAAAGUGAUAUACGAUCCAAGUCGGCACAAGUCCUGCGCACUGUCGAAGAGCGGCAACAACCGGCGCGGAACUCCAAGAUACAAGACUUCGAUAUCAGCAUAUCCGACAAGACCAAGGCCGUCUACAAACUUGCUCAGUUCGAAAUAUCCAAGCGACUGGCGAAACAGCACACCGAGUUGGCAUUUUACAUCUUUUCCGAGUUUACUUACUACUUUAAGGAGGUAGGGUCAGUGGCCCAGAGGAAUGUGGUUGCCAUCAUCCUUCCCUGGAUCCAGUCAAUAGAGCUGACCGUCGACCCCAACGGCGGACCAACCGCGGAAUCAUACGUGCUUCUCGCCAACCUCCUGGAAAUCACCAUCAAGUCGAGCGCGGCCCUACACAACGAGGUCCAGGCACUCUGGCAGGCCCUGGCGACAGGCCCUCACCCGGGCAAUGUUCGGCUGAUUCUCGACUUCAUCAUGUCCCUUUGUCUGGAACGACGGGAACAAAACUUUGUCGAGUAUGCCAAGCAGAUCGUCGUCUUCCUCGCUAGCACAAGCAGCGCCCCUGGAAACAAGGUGAUCGAGUUCCUGCUGAUGCAAAUCACGCCCAAGUCCAUGGUUACAAACGACAAGCGGGAAGCCGUGCCGCCGCCACCGGAUAUCAACACCUUGCCUUAUUGUGCAGAUCUCUCAGAGGUUCUCCCUAUAGGGACGAAACAAGCUGGCUUCUCUCUGGGACAACUUUCCCUGAUACUGCUAGUGGAUCUCAUGGUGGCUCCAGUUUGUAUUGUGCCUGAUAACGUACCUGUGUUGCUUCAGGUGGUCACGGUUCUCUGGGAUCACUACACAGCGCUUGUCCAAGAGCAAGCUCGUGAGAUGCUUGUGCACCUUAUCCAUGAACUGGUCAUUUCGAGACUCGAUGAUGACGCUCCACAGUCUACAAGAGAAUCCAUCGAGAGUCUGAUCGAUGCCAUUCGCCGUCAUGACCGGUCUGUGGUGUGGGGCUACGAAGAUAGCAAUGGCAAUGUUGGCGCCCACGACAACAAGGUACCCCCGAGCAUGGAAUAUCUUACUGCCGAGGUGGUCAAGACCUUCGAGAUCACAUUCCCUGGUAUCAAAGAGAAGUGGGGCAGGCUGUCAUUGACUUGGGCAACAUCUUGUCCAGUCAGGCACCUUGCCUGUCGGUCGUUCCAGAUCUUCAGAUGCAUAUUGACGUCUCUCGAUCACGACAUGUUAGGCGACAUGAUUGCCAGGCUCUGUAGUACUAUCUCAGACGAGGAUACCGAACUCCAGAAAUUUUCCAUGGAGGUGCUGACGACUCUGAAAACUCUCGUGGCGAAACUAGACGCCGACAAGCUACUCACUUUCCCGCAGCUCUUCUGGACAACUUGCGCAUGCUUGGAGUCCAUCAACGAGUGCGAGUUUCUGGAGGCGGUCGAAAUGCUUAACGAGUUCCUGGACAAGCUGGAUUUCCAUUCGCCGACCGUUCGAAGGAUGUUGCUCGAUGGCCAGCCCUCUAAGUGGGACGGCUCGUUUGAAGGGCUACAACCCCUUCUAUAUAAAGGCCUACGGUCUUCCACCUGUCUGGACCUGACCUUGACAACACUCGAUAAGCUCAUUCUACUGCCUAGCGAUCCGCUGAUAGGAGACGGUGGCCGCUUCUUCUUUACCAUUCUGGCAAACUUUCCUCGCCUCCUACACGCUAUGGAGGAGGAGUCACCUGAUCCGGCUGUUGCACCGACCGUCGAGACACUGUUGCACAUUGCUGAUAUUCAAGGGUUGCGAAGCAUUGCUGUCGUUUUGGAUGACUAUCUUGGGCACCGUUACGCGUCUGCCAAGGACUUCGUGGUCCAGCUCUACGCGGCCCUACGGGAGUAUUACCUACCUGAUCUGGAAUUACAGAUGCUCACAAUGCUGAUGGGGUUGCUGACCAAUGCCACCGCUUGGGUUAAGAUUCACACCAUGCGCAUCCUCCGGGUCAUCGUCACUGAGGUGGACAUGAAGAAGCCAGAGAUUGCCAGCCACGGGUCCGACAUGAUCUCGCCGCUACUGCGCCUGCUCCAAACCGAGUACUGUAUGGAGGCUCUCGAAGUGCUCGACAACAUCAUGAGCAUGUCUGGCUCAUCCAUGGACAAGCACCAUCUUCGAAUGAGCAUGACACGGCUCACCUCCAAAGCCGUCCGCAAAGAGUACGAGCGGGCACAGAGUCUAUUUGGCAUUCCGGAGGCAUCUGGCUGGGCUAUUCCCAUGCCGGCACGCAAGACUGAGUCAACGCGCGCCAACACCCACGCUGUCUUCUACAUGUGCCAGAUGAAUUCCCAAAACAUGGAGGGCGGUAUGCCGGAGAGCGAUAUCCCUACGCCGGCCGAGAUAGAAUUCGAGUUCGAGUUCCACGAUGAAUAUGCCUACGGAUAUCUCCAUGUUUCCGACAGGGCUGAUACCAUGAUGUCGGACGACGCACGUGGGCUUGAGCACGCGCCCAUGGGUGAUCUCAUAUCCAAGCUGGACAGUCUUGAUGACUUCUUCGACGACUUGUCGUCGACUGGUCCGCCUAGCGAGGGACGAUCAUCCAGGACUAUCACAGAGUUCUCUCCGGAUAGCUUCGACUCGGGUGCACAGCUGUAUGACGAGCAGAUCUUACCCAUCCUGCAUCAAGCGUCGGCAAACAACAACAAUAACAACAUCACCGCGGCAUUCCAGAGCGGUUUCGCUGAUAGACCGAGCUUAUUCUCCGGAGGCGGACCCGGACCAGCUGUAGUCGCGGGAUCCACCACUUCCUCGCCCAUAAGUCCCUCCAUGAUGCACCCCGCCACAUUUGGCAGCAUCAGCAGCAUUGUCGGCGGAGGAGACACCGGUGGAGGACCCGGUGGCAUAGUUAUUACCUCGCCGACGGCCUCAAUCACUUCCACCUCCACAUCCACCUCACAACUCCGACCGUUCCUGAUGACCAACAUCCGACCGGGAUUGCAUGCUAGAUCCAUCACCUCCCCCUCGGCGCCUGCCUCGUACCUGGCCAACAUUGGCGACUUCACCUCUGACGACGACGGCGGCGGCAUGGCCGAAUACCCGGAGGACAUUGGCGUUUUUUCUGAUAACGACGAAGACCAGUACCAGUACCCUCAGAGGCCUUCGACUGCUACCAGCACAGGGACUGUCUCUGGCGUCCCGCAAUUCCACCACCCGAACUACCACAUCUCAUCAUCUACCAGUGGAAGCGGAGCGGCACACGGUACCUACUAUAGCGGCGGCGGCGGCGGCGGCGGCGGCGGAGUAAGCGGCUCUCACAGCGCUAGUCCCAGCGUGAGCGUCGGCCACGGACCUGGCCCUGCCGUCCCACUUCACCCAACAUUAACAUCACCAUCCUUAACCUCAUCAGUAUCGGCAUCAGCAACAGACGGCUCCUCUAAGCUCGAAAACAUGAUCCGUCCAUUUGCGCAAAGCACCCGCUCCCGCAUGCGCCGACUAACGGGCGGCGGAAGCAGUCGGUCAAGGGAGGAGAGGUUGGCGGCGGUGGCGGCGGCUACGGGGCCGUUGUCGCCGCAGGUGCCCAAGGUGCCAAAUGCGUUUUUGCCAUUGGGUCAUCAUAGCCAUAACCACCAGGGGCAGCAGCAGCCACAGUCAGGUUCAAGUGCAGGAUCGGGUUCGAGUUCGCAAACUCAUGGUCAGGGCCACGGAUCGCAAGGCCAGGGGCAGGGACAACAGGGGCAUAAUCAAUCGAGAGCGCAGACACCUGUCUUGGCGGGGGAGAUUCAAAUGAUGUGA